GGGGGUGAGAGAGAGGUCGCGAUUGGUUAAGCCGCUCUUGGAAAAGCCCGCCUGGCUGCUCGACCGGCCGGCACUUCGCUCAGUUCUCCACUGCGCUCCGUGUGAAGCGGAGCUUUCGAGAUAUCUUCCCGCUCUUCCUCUCACUCUCGUCGCGAUCCGCGUCAUCGAUUCCUCGAUCCUGGGAUCUCUGCGCGAGAGCGCUAAUCAUCGCGAGAAAAGCGCAGUCCUGAUUCGACGAUUCAAAUUCUCCCUGGAAAAAAUUCGCGAGAGAGAGAGGGGUUGAAGGGGUGAAAGAAACGGACGACGAUGUGCGAGAGGAAGCUGCUGCGAGUGCUUUAAGACAAGAGGAUCUGAACUCUAAGUCGAGAGCGAGAAUAUCGAGAGUCGAGGGACGACCCUCGAGAAGACGAGGAGGUGCGUCUCCAGGAACGAGCGUGAUUCAGGAUAAUCACGACGAUGUCGAAGAGAUCGACCGAGCUGUCCAGGUGGCUGCUGCUGGCGGGACUUUUGUGCUGCUCGUCCUGCCAGAGCGUACCGUCCUCCUUCGAGAAUAAAACCGGCGCUCAGAAUGACAGUCGCCCGCGGAUAUUCUCACCCAGGAUGGACUACGACGAGUGGACGCCCCUGGGACGCGGCGAUCCCCUGAAGAACAAUCCAACUUUCGAUUAUGUGCCGCCGGUUCUCGACAGGGUGCAAUACUGGCUGGAUUCGCAUCAGCAACACACAACCGAGCCGUCAUCCAAGCGCGACAUCCUCGUACUAGGCGUAACCGCGAAGAAGACCAGCCCGAAGAUACCCGAACAGUUUCUCAAGUUUGUGGACGGACCCAAGUUUACGCGAGUCGGCGGUCAAGACCCGACCAUAUAUAGGAAUGACUUCACCGGCAGUUCCGGCGCCGAACCACCCAAGAUUCUGCGCACCACUAGCUUCCGGAACGGUCUGCUGGUCGACUAUAGAAAUCAGAAUAGAUUGCAAUCGCCGGCCAAUUACUAUCCGAACCCGUAUUACAGCCAGAAGAUUAAGCCGUAUACUAUGAUGAUGCCGCCACCGAUUCAGAAGAUCGAGACGUCUACCGGUUUCAACGUCGGCGCGUCCAGAGAUAAGAUAAUCGGCUACGCGGACGCACCGCAGUCGUUUAACACGCAGACGGAGGAGGGUCCCGUUCACCAGGACGCGCAGUAUUACGGACACUACUCUCCCGCGCCCUCGCCACGCCCGUAUUCCACGUCCAAGGCACCACCUAGCAAGGUAGAGACCAUCAAGAGCGUUUACAUCCCGCCCGCGUCGCAGAGCACGAAAUCUAAAUACGAGGCGACCACCGCGCCAUCCGUAUCCUUCGAAAAAUCGAAUCUAAUCUAUCAGUCAACGCAGACUCUCUCGGGCGGAUGGCUCGGCAACAAUGAGCCCACAUCGUCCUCCACUCCCGGCCUUCCCUUGGAAGUGAAUCAGCUCCUGUGGCAGACCACAGAUUAUUCGAAAGAUCACUACGAAGAUCAUCACGCCGCGGCCUCGUCCAAUCACGAGGUGGUCGUCGGUCAAAACGCGAAUAUCAUUGUAGAUGGCAGUAACAAUGAAAACGAGGAAGUGGUCGUGGGUCAAAAGGAAGUCAGCACCGAAGCGACGUCCUCGUCGACCUCCUCGUCGACGUCAGAAAGCGACGCGCAAACUUUUACCGUCUCCACCACUGUAGAUUCUACCGAACGGGAAGAAGAAACUGCAACCGACAUGCAAUCCUCGUCAAAGAUGCACAUUGUCGUCGCCAAUUCGCCGUCCACCAUUGUAGAUCUGGAGACGCAUAAAGCGAAGAAAGACCCGGUCGCCGUAGUGGUGCCGACGAACUACAUCGAGAAGAAUUCGUCUUCGGAAUCAGCGACGACUCUUCACGCUUGGGAGAAUCCCGCCACGUCCGAGAUGACGAAGACGACUUAUCAAGCGUCAAAGUCUCAAGUGAAGCCAAUGAAAACCACGGUAACGAUCUCAACGGAGGAUCAAACAUCCGCUUCCUCCGUGCCGAACAGAAUAAUAUCUCCCUCGCAGCUUACUCCGCAUCAAUUCCCGCAUUCGUUUUCCCAUUUACCUGUAAGCCUAAAUAAUUACAAUUUUCCCGACUCUCCGACUUUUCCAUCGGCAAAACAUCCUCAGAUGAAUUAUCCCAUGCUACACUUAAUGGGCAUGUAUCCCACCUUACGGCCCCACUUGUCACCACCCAUGGCGCGUUUACAAGCUAUCAAAGAGAUAAUGGCGAACAUGGAACAGGAUCACCAACAACCCCCGCAAUCGUUUCCCGUGACGAUCACCAGUCCACCGUCGAUCAUCAAUGCGCAGACCACCGGAUCUGAUGAACGAUCAUCGGUCAUGACGAUCGACCAUCGACCAUCUCGAUUAUCCGCGACGGUCGUCAACUCGAUGACUACCUCGCCGCCGUUCACGCCAACAAUUUCGUCGACCGCGGAAUACACGCCCACCAUGAAUCAUCGUCAGGAGAGCACAAGGCCCAACCAAUCCCCUCUGGUAAAGAUUCUGAACGCCGAAGAGAUCACGAGGAUGUCGACGACGUUCGCGCCAUCGUCGACCAUCCCACCGCGAACCACGAUGGCACCGAGUCUGACCACCGAUCCGAUCUUCUCGCACUACAAACAACCGGUCAAACCAAUCCGCGGCCCGAUGUAUCUCAUCAUUCAGGGCCAUUCGAAGGUAAAGACCUACAAGCCGACGAUAAACAAGCACGGCGUGCCCGUCGAGAACAACGAGAUCGUGGAGAGCGCGACCGAGCGACAGCUGUCUAAACUGGAACAGCUGAUUCGCGAGAACACGAAGAACGGCGCCGUCGAUCUGGCUGCCGAAAAGAAGAAGCUGGAGGAGGAGAGAGCGCGUGCCCAGGAGAAGCGUGUUUCCUCGCAUCAGGAAGACAGUCUCAUGAGCCUAGUCGAGAGCGGCUUGAGCGGCUUCACCGUGUCACCCUCGAUGGAGGACGAGCGUCGCGCGUCUAAUUCGGUUGCGAGCAUCGAGAUUAAUUAAGGAUCCGACGUUUGCGCGCAGUUCUCCCAUGAGGGGAUAUCAAGCUUCGCAAACGGAUGCUGAGGUAGCUGAGGACGGCACGUCCUCCCGCGGCGGAAAGGCAACCGCCGUUCUUUCAGUAUAGGGGCGACAAUUUUUGAAAGGGACGAAAAGAGUCUCUCUCGAUUUAUAUUCGAUUGUUGCUUACGCGCGAGCCGUUGGAUGAAAAUCGAUGGAAAUUGAUUGCGCGCGAGAUAUAAGCAUCGAAGUUUCAUGUGGCUGACCUCCUAGCACCGUCUCCUAUUUCUAACGCGGGAGCUAUCCGGGAGAUAUGUGUAACUUUAACACGCCGGCAAACGAGGUUUUACAUUGUUGUAUUUAUCUUGUUUAUUGUUCCGUGAUAAAUAUCUCUCUAUACUUUUUAAUUUUUUUCUACUUCUUCAAGUACCGCUUCUGCAGGCAAUCCGAGCGGAUUUACAUAUUUAUAGAUUUACAGACAACAAUAUCGAAUUCGAUACGCAAGUGUAAACGAUAAAUGGAUAUGAAUGUUUACCAGAUUAAUAAUAUAUUGUAUUUAAAUUAUUGAAAUAUAAUUCGCACAUAAAUUCUUUGGUCCGUUAUAAUUAUUAUGAUUGUUAUAUUAAUGAAUAUUUUUCAGAUAAUUUAUUAUUUAUUUUGCUUAAUAUACGUAGGAUAGGUAUGCCAUUAAUUUAUUUUAUUUCGUUCAUUAAACAUGCAUAAAAUUUUACGACACACAAGGUGUGUCGCAAUUGUAAUUCGAUCAACGUCGAGACUGUAAUAUUGUGCAGCAAUCGACGUGAGAGAUCCGAAGCAAUUAAUGACAUUUUAUUUAUUUAUUUUUUCGAAUCUCUGUGUCAAUGGUUCAUCACUGCGCGUCUUAUAAAGAAAUAAAAACGUUCCCAAAUUCGCGCAUUAGGUAUCGAAAUUUCUCGAGUAAUCUGGAAUUUUGUCGCGCGAAAACAAUCAUUUCCAAAUUUUUCACAAAAUUGCGCUGCUUGGAAUUUGUUGCCAUCCCGCAAUUUUUUUAUAUAUGGAAAAAGAUUUUUGUGUACAUCUUUACACGGAUCAUCGCGCGUCAAUGUGUUCGUUUACUCGAGAUCGAUGAUUAUCAUCUCGCGGUGAUGACAAACUCUCGCUGUCACCGAAUAACAGAGGCUCAACCAUAGGCAGUUCUCUCCGUGUUUCUGCCACAUGCUUUCAUCCACGAUGAGAAUAGCACGCCAAUUUCAUAUGUGCCAGUAUACAUAACGUUACGUAUGUAUAUAUAUAAAAGCAUAAUUAUAUAUAUACAGGGUAUCUAAUAUAUAGGUAAACAAUUAUAUAAAUAGGUAAUACCGGUAUUCCUUAUUAAUAAGCAUCCUUUUUCUUUGACAAAAUUUCCGGAAAUGUAUCGAGAUAUCUCAUUUACAUUUUUCAAUGUAAUACAGUGUAUUUGCUUUCUGCACGAAAACUUUCUGUAUUUAAUUUUUCAUGUGCAAAUUUUUUUGUAUAACUCUGUUAUAAUUAAAUUUAAUAAUUACAUUAAAUAUAAACGUUAUCAUCUAUUUUGUUCACAUCAGAGAAAAGUACACUUUACAGCUAUAAAAAAAUCUGCUUUACGUCAAAUAAAAUUAGUUCAAAUUUUUGUAUUAUAAAAUAAUACUUUUUUUAUUAUCGUAAAAUUAAAUUUUAAUAGAUUAAAAUUCAUUUACAUGGAAAAUCAAGAAACAAUCAAUUCACGCAUUUAUUGACAUAUUUAAAAAAUGACACAUAUACGCUUGUAUCUUGAAAAUUGCAAAAAUGCAAUUUCGGAAAUUUGCCAAAAAAAAUGCUAAUCUUUUGAUAAGGAAUACGAUACUGUCUGUAUCUUAUCUAUAUGGGACACCCUGUAUACGUGUUACACGCGUCAGUGCGGAAUAAGCGAUCGCUCGACGAUUCCGAUUGCGCAUUCGACCUGUUUUUAUCCCCGACGAUAGUUACCGGGAUCGCGAAUAUGUGCAAUGAGCGAGUGCGAAUUGAAAAUUGCGUUUCACUCGCAGUUUUACAGCGCGCGUUUUCUUUCGCAAUUUAAAUAUUAAACGAACCCGUUUACGAUUAUCGCGGAGCGAUAUUACCAUGGCGGAUUACUACUUGUAUACUUACUGUCAUUAAAAAGCCGUGUCUUGGACCGGUCCGGGCAAUCGUUUAAUUGCGACGCAGACGCGAAGCUUAUGAUCGUGUUAUAUGCAUAUAACAAUAUUAUUUAUCGUGCGACGUAGUUGAAUGAAAGAAAUACAGGAUAUCGCAGAAGUAGCAGAUUUCCUUGAUUAUAAUUUAAAUGGCAAAGAUUGGAGAUUCUUAUUUAGAUAUUGCAUCGUUAAAACAGAGGAAAGGAGAAUUCGCUUCUAAAAGUUUGAUAGUAUUGAGAUACAUUUUACUAAAAAAAGAAAAAAUUAAUUCUGUAAAAUCUUUAUCUGUUCUCUCUAUCUAUUCAAUAUUUCAGUGGAACAUUUUACCUAUCUCACCUGUCUAAGAGAAAGCUUGCAGCUUCUGAGAUAUCUUGUAUACACAUACGAUAGUUGUCGAUGUAAUUUAUAGAGAUUUCGAUGUUAAAGAUAGGUUUCUCUUUUUUUAGAUAUUUAUUGCAUUAGAUGCAGAAAUCGAAGGCGAAAAGUCUCGAUAAACCAAUGCCAACAUACUAUUCAAUCUCCAUUUUAAGUCAGUACUCGCAUCAAGACUUUUCGUCCUCAAUUCUUUAUUUAUUCCCUACGACCUAUUAAUUUAUUGCAAACGUCGUCGCCCUAGAACUUACGUAUUUAUCGCCGGCAGCAAAAUAUCUCGAUUCUCAUCGUUUCAUCGUCGUUCUCUCCUACACGAUCCAAAUCUUCGAUUCACGAAUCCCCAGGCGAAUCCCGCCCUCGAACAACGUUGCGAAGUAUAAAAGAACAUCGAACUUCUCGUGCUAUAUUGAGAAUGACGACGGUUUCUCUCUCGAGUUUAUUUAUUUUUCAUUUUUUUUUAUUUUAUAUGUAAAAGAACCUCCUCGAGGACCGGCGGAACGUUCUGUAAAGCAUCCCUAGGCGUCACACAACGUAAAACUUGACAUUAACACUAGUCUUACACUCUAUCAGUUACCAAACAUAUCGCGUACGUACUAACAGCUCACACACUGUAUCACCAUGCCCUUAUUCAUAGCGAUCGUAAUUAGGCGUAGUCGAAGUUACGCGCACCCACACGCAAAAAAAUAAUAUAUAUAUAUAUACACAUACAUAUAUAUAUGUACUCACGUAUACACACGAUAUAGAAGUAUGUAUACUUCAUAUAUAUAUAUAUAUAUACAUCUAUUAUGCGCAUACGUAUUUAUAUAUAAAUAAAUUAUAUGUACUCGGCGAUGUUGCGUGAGCGCGCCAUCGCUAUUACCUUAAUUACGCAUUCGGCGUUACGUUUUGCACGCACACGCUGCGACGUGCGUUAAGUUUAUGUACGACAUAAAUUGUACCUGACGGUCACACACACACGCGCAUUCUGUUGAUUCUUCUGUUUUAUUAAUAAAGCAUCUUAUUAUCGAG